AUGGGCAAGUUGGGCAUCUGGGAUUUCUUUAGCGAACAAGGACGAGACCUUCCCCUUCCAAGAGAAUCGGUGAACGGGAAGACGGUUGUUAUAGCUGGAGCGAACGUUGGAUUAGGACUCGAGGCAUCGGCUCAUGUCGCGAACAAGAAGCCCAGCUUGGUCAUUGCGACAUGUAGAGACGCAGUGAAGUGUGAGCGAACUUUGAAACUUCUCCGUGAACGCUGCGCUGGAACUCAACCAGCCAGUCUCGAUUCAUGGCCGCUAGAACUGUCUUCUUUUGACAAUGUCCGCUCUUUUGCCGACAGGUUCGAUGCAGAAGGGCCAGAACGCCUGAAUGUCUUCGUCGCCAACGCAGGCACAUUCAAACCGGUUUAUACUCGAACCCAAGAUGAUUGGGAAAUAAUGCUGCAAGUCAACUAUCUCUCAAUUGCGCUUUUGAGCAUUCUCCUUCUGCCUCAUCUGCUCCAUUCGGCAACUUGUGAGGAUCCAUCUCGACUGGUCUUGGUGUCAAGUUUGGGACAUUAUCUUGCGGAACCCGUGUUGACAGGUUCACAAAAUUGGGAUCACGUAUUAGGGACCAUCAGUGCGGAGAAUUUUGGAGCGUAUGGGAUGUCCAGGUACAACCUAUCGAAGAUGCUCCAGGUCGCGUUCGUGCGCGAACUUGCUGCCCGGCUUCCUUCUCCCACUCCAUUGGUCAUCACUGCCGUUGACCCCGGACUUUGUCACUCGUACUUACAGCGGGAACUUGAAAAGUACUGUCUCUUACGUAUAGUCCUUGCAUUCGUGAAGUGGCUUCUUCGCGCAAGAACCUCGGAAAUGGGCAGUCGUACCCUUGUCUAUGCAGCUCUAGCAACAAACGCACAGAAUCUCCAUGGCAAGUACAUGUCAAGUUGUGAGGUCGUCGAGGAAUGUGAUUUCCUCUUGAGUGCUGAGGGCAAAGCGUUCUCAGAGAGACUUUGGUGGGAGACUAUCGAAGUUUUAUCGAAAGUAGAUGACCGAGUGUCUCAGAUCGUAAGCACUUACUUGCCGGCUAGGUAG